UAAAUAUGUAAAAGGCCCCAAAUUCCCAAACGUUGUACUGGGAUCUGAUCUGGUUAUAACGGUAUGCAUGUAUUAUGCUUGUGCCUACUAACUUGGAUUGUUAAAAAAAAAAUGGGUGUACUGCUUAGCUGACAAGUAGGCCUGAGUAAUCCGUGUUGUUAGAGGUACCAAAAUUCCUUGUUUAAGCAGAAAAAUUAUGCCACCUUGGAACCUUUCGAUGUUAGAAGAGGUCAAUCUUCGGUUUAGAUCUUGCCAGAGCUAUAGGAUUUGCUCCAUUUUGUGCUCAUAGUCAUAACCCUGCACUAGCAAAUUGCAGCGCCAUGAAACCAAAUUAAUCAGUGAAUAGAUUAAUUUGCAUGCUCUCAGCCUUGUGUAACUUUGUCCAUUCUGCUUGAGGCUGUGAUCCUUGUUGGCUCUUGACUUCUUGAGGAAUGCCAGUUAUAUUGAUGAAGGAAGUCAAAUAGGGUUCUAAACUUACAAAUCUCUAAGACUACUAAGAGAAUCUUGCAGGAUAAUUGCUCUUGGUGGCUCACACAGCCGUACCAGCUAAUGCCCGUAUUUUUCUGUAAUUUCCUCCUUGUUGAUAUUUGUUAGUUGGGUGAGGAGGUUGGCUUUCUUGUUCUGGAAGACCCUCAACUUUGCACCCACUUCUUACAUAACUAGAAUGUGCAGCAAUGAUGUAGCUUUUCUUUGUCGCAGCCAGCGAUUGUUCUGAAGGAGUUGUAGUCAUAUUUUGGGUGGUUCAUGUUAUCAAGCCACUUUAUUACCCUGCAGUGCUGAUGUGCUUGGUCUAUCAGCAAUUGGGCAAAAUAUGUAGUUCGUGACUCCAUCUUUUGAUGCCAUGAUAGGUUCUGGCCUCUGGGAGCUAUUGUGGACUUCUGUAGAGGAUGUAGCUGGCAAUAUCGCAUUUAAACUAUUUUCAGAGCAUUAAACCGCCAUCUCACUUGUUGAAAUGGCGAGCACAGCAUGCUUUGUGAUUGUUAGUAAGAAUGACAUCCCAAUCUAUGAGGCUGAAGUUGGAUCUGCUCUCAAAAAAGAAGAUUUAGCUCAUCAGCAUCAGUUCAUUUUGCAUGCUGCAUUGGAUGUUGCUCAGGACCUUGCAUGGUCUACUAAUGCAAUGUUUCUGAGAUCAGUUGAUAGAUUCAGUGACUUCGUCGUGUCUGUAUAUGUAACUGCUGGUCAUACCAGAUUUAUGUUGCUUCAUGACUCACGGAGCGAUGAUGGAAUAAAGAGUUUCUUUCAGGAGGUCCAUGAACUUUACAUGAAGAUAUUCCUCAAUCCGCUCUACUUGCCUGGUUCUCGCAUCACAUCUUCCUAUUUUGAUACCAAGGUUAGGACGCUUGCAAGGAAAUACCUUUAGCAUGCACUCCGCUGAAGACCCUGUUGCGGUGGCCCUCUUUCCUCUCAUUUUUCAUAUAUUCUUGUUAGUCAAUGACUGAUAUAUGCUAGACUUCUCCAUAAGGUGCAGCUCGAAGCCAUUUUUUCACACUGAUAAAUUCAGAGCAUUGUACAAGAAAACUUAUGUUUCAGCUAUUCUCUUUGUACAGCGUUGCACGAAGCAAAUCUCUAGAAAUAUAGCCUUUGCAGAUACAGUAUCUUUCUGAAGUAUGAUUUUCUUUUUUUUUAUUA